AUGAAGGUGCUAUGUGUGGCGGAAAAACCGAGCGUCGCCAAAGCUGUCUGCAACAUCCUCGGCGGAGGAUUUACUACUAGACACACAGCCAACAAGUUUGUUAAAAACUAUGACUUUCAGUAUGACUUUCCUGGCUGGGGAAGGUGCGAUUGCACCAUGACUUCGGUUCUAGGACAUCUGACAGACUCGGAAUUCGUCAGCGAAGAUGCGCGGAAGUUUGGUUACAAUGCCGCCAGACUCUUCACUGAGCCCAUUACCACCCAGGUGAAGGCUGACAUGAGAAAGUGUGCUGACAAUAUCGUCAAGGAAGCGCGACACGCACGCAAGCUACUCAUUUGGACGGAUUGCGAUCGAGAAGGAGAGUACAUUGGAUGGGAAAUCGUGCAGGAGGCGAUCAAAGGGAACCCCAACAUCGAAGUCAAGCGGGCCAUCUUCUCUGAUCUGGAAAAGACCCAUGUCCACCAAGCGGCUCGAAGUCUACGGGAAUUGGAUAUGAAUGCAGUCAACGCGGUAGCCGCCCGGAUGGAGAUUGAUUACAGAACGGGAUUUGCGUUCACUCGACUGCAAACCCUGCACAUCCAAAGGAAGUUUGCGCAGCUGAGCAAAUCUGUCAUUUCAUACGGAUCAUGUCAGUUUCCCACGCUGGGAUUCAUCGUCGACCGGUAUCUUGCCCGCGAAAAUUUUGUGCCGGAACCUUUUUGGUACAUGACGCUGAAAUGCAAGGUAGGAAGGAAGCAGAUGGCUCUGACAUCGAAGAGAGGACACAUAUUUGACAGAGCGUCUGCCGUGGCCCUAUACGCCCGUGUCUGUGAGUCAGGAGUCCUUCCGAAAGUAACAAACUUGAGUUCAAGACCGACUUCGAAAUACCGACCUCUGCCUCUGACAACGGUUGAGCUGCUCAAGCUCGGAUCUAAGUCACUCAAGCUGCCAUCUAAGACAGUUCUCAAACUGGCCGAAGAGCUGUAUCAACAGUCGUUCAUCUCGUACCCGCGUACAGAAACAGAUCAGUUUAGCAACGACAUAGAUCUCAUGCCGUUGCUGGCUAAACAGAAGAACAGUCCAACAUGGGGAGAUUAUGCAAGUACUCUGGUAGACGGAGAUGCAUUUAGUCCACCUAGAUGGGGUCGUCACAACGAUAAAGCGCAUCCCCCAAUCCACCCUAUCGCUCACUGUGCUAAUUUCAAGUCCAACGAUCACAAAAGGGUGUAUGAGCUGAUUGCUCGACAUUUCAUGGCAUGUUGUUCCAAAGAUGCCAAGGGUCAACAGAGUAAUGUGGACGUGGAUUGGUAUGGCGAGCAGUUCUCAGCCACUGGCCUAGUCAUUCUCGAAACCAACUUCCUCGACAUCUAUCCCUAUGUCAAGUGGACGGGAUCAGGGGAGCUUCCUGCGGGACUUGAAGUCGGCAAAGAACUACCAAUUGUUGAGAGUAUGCUGGCAGAGGGAACUACCACGCCCCCGAGUCUUCUCACUGAACCUGAACUGCUGUCGCUGAUGGACAUGAAUGGAAUUGGUACCGAUGCCACUAUGGCAGAACAUAUCAGUACAGUCGUCAACCGUGAAUACAUUCUCCGGUGCAACGCACAGGGCCGUCCAGUACAGGGCCGAGCCAAAGCCGAAUACUUCACUCCUUCUCCUCUAGGGCAGGCAUUGGUGGAGGGCUACGAUUCUAUUGGUCUGGAUCGGUCACUCACAAAACCGUUCAUUCGUCGAGAUCUCGAAUCCCAGCUUGGCCAAGUAGCCAAGGGCGAAGCAUCAAAGGACGCAGUGGUAGAGUCAGCUCUGAUCGCGUUCAAAGACAUGUUUGAUUUGACCAAGACCGAGAUUGUGAAACUGGAGAGGGCGAUUCGACAGAGAGUUGCGUAG